AUGGAGCCAGAAGCUGGGGUCAAUGGAACAACUGUUACUGAACUCAUCCUGCUGGGCCUGGUGGAAACACCAGGGCUGCGACCAGUGGUCUUUGUUCUCUUCCUCUUUGCCUACAUGGUCACAGUUGGGGGCAACCUCAGCAUCCUGGCAGCCAUCUUGGUGGAGCCCAAACUCCAUACCCCCAUGUACUUCUUCCUGGGGAACCUAUCAGUGCUGGAUGUUGGGUGCAUCAGUGUUACUGUUCCCUCACUGUUGUGUUCACUCCUGUCCCACAUGUGUACAAUUCCCUAUGGAGCCUGCCUCUCACAGCCCUUCUUCUUCCAUCAGUUGGCUGGUGUGGACUGCUUCCUAUUGACAGCCAUGGCCUAUGACUGAUUCCUGGCCAUCUGCCAGCCCCUUGCCUACAGUACCCGCAUGAGCCAGGCAGUCCAGAGGAUAUUGGUGGCAGUGUCCUGGGCUUGUGCCUUUACCAAUGCACUGACUCACACUGUGGCCAUUUCCACACUCAACUUCUGUGGCCCCAAUGUUAUCAAUCACUUCUACUGUGACCUCCCACAGCUCUUCCAGCUCUCCUGCUCCAGCAGCCAACUCAAUGAGCUGCUGCUGUUUGGUCUGGGUAUCCUCAUGGCAGGUGCACCUGUGAUUCUCAUCGUCACUUCCUACAUCCAUGUGGCAGCUGCAGUGCUGAGAAUCUGCUCUGCCAAAGGCAGGAAGAAAGCCUUCUCUACAUGCAGCUCCCACCUCAUCGUGGUAGGCAUCUUCUAUGGGACAGGGGUCUUCAGCUACAUGAGGCUGGGUUCAGUGGAGGCUUCAGAUAAGGACAAGGGGAUUGGCAUCCUCAACACUGUCAUCAGCCCCAUGAUGAACCCACUCAUCUACAGCCUCAGGAACCCUGAUGUGCAGGGUGCCCUGCAGCGGGUGCUCACAGGGAAGUGA